AUGAUCGGUGAUUUAAAAGUUUUGCCUUUUGAUCCAGCCGUGCCAGGACUUUUAAAUCUGCUCGUGAUUGCGCGUCCGGAGAAGCUAGUUCAAGCGCAAAAAGUUGCCCAAGAGUUGAAACUAAACUGGAUUUUAGUCGACGAGCACACCGUGGCAAUUUUACCGCCCGAAAUUUCCAAGGGCUUUGCGGUCCAGUGGCUCGCCAAGCACUUAGGGGUGAGUUUGGAAAAAGUCAUGACGAUCGGCGACUCGGCCAACGACGUUCCGAUGCUGGAACUACCGGUUUACUCUUACGCGGUUGCUAACGCGGAUCAGAAAACUAAAAAGGCGGCUCGUUUUCACGCAGCUGCGGUCGAGCAAAACGGUCUAGCCUACGCGAUUGACGACUUCUUUGACCGUCAAAAGGUUAAUUUAUUGCCGCCCGAAAGUUAA